CUUUCCGACAAUGAUUGGUUUCAUUACAGGUUGCAAGCAAUAAUUUAAAAGUUUCACCUCUCCGUUGCGUGAUAAUUUUCUUUUUUCGACGACGGCUCGUGGUGAUUCCUCGCCUGCAAAGUCAGCACCACGAUUUGUCUCUGAAAAUCAGUAAAAGGGGUUUGAUAUAGCAGUAUAAGAGGGGUCAAUGGGGUCUUCUUCAGAUGCAUGGAUGAGAGAGUACAACGAGGCUUUAAAGCUCUCUGAGGAUAUUAAUGGCAUGAUGUCUGAAAGAAACUCGUCUGGUGUAACCGGACCUGAUGCUCAGCGUCGUGCUUCAGCUAUACGGAGAAAGAUCACUAUUUUGGGGACUCGAUUAGAUAGUCUUCAAGCCCUUCUUGUUAAAGUUCCUGGGAAGCAGCAUGUGUCAGAGAAAGAGAUGAAUCGUCGCAAGGAUAUGGUUGGGAACUUGAGAUCUAAGGCGAACCAGGUGGCGUCUGCUUUGAACAUGUCGAACUUUGCAAACAGAGACAGCUUGCUUGGGCCUGAAACAAAGCCUGAUGAUGCAAUGAACAGAGUCUCUGGUAUGGAUAACCAAGGCAUUGUUGGAUUUCAACGACAAGUUAUGAGAGAACAAGACGAAGGUCUAGAGAAGUUGGAGGAAACAGUCAUGAGUACAAAACACAUUGCUCUCGCUGUCAAUGAGGAGCUCACUCUACAGACAAGGCUUAUCGAAGACUUGGACUACCAUGUGGAUGUUACCGACUCUCGCUUACGGAGAGUGCAGAAGAGCCUUGCGGUGAUGAACAAGAAUAUGAAAGGAGGUUGCUCGUGCAUGUCAAUGCUAUUGUCAGUGCUUGGAAUCGUUGGUCUUGCUUUAGUGAUUUGGCUGCUGGUUAAGUACCUGUAAUGCCCCAAUAUGAUGAAUGAAUUGAUAUAUAAGUAACGAAAGUGUGUAUCUUGUUCUUUCAGCCUAGGCUGAAUGGUUGUUAUUAUAUUUGUAUGUUUUUAUUUAAAGAUAUGGUUUAUCUCUCUUCUGGUGUGAGACACAACUGCAUGCAACAACCCUUUAUAAAUCUGUAUUGCCC